UGACAUUAAUCAAACAAACUUUUUCCUUUCAACGUCAUCUUUCAACACUUUUAAUUUGAACAAGAAUUUAUUAAAUUUGUUUGAACCAUUUUGCCAUUUAUUUAGAUGCUUUUUAAAUAAUAAAAUCGGACUUUUAAACGUCAGUGUGCGAAGUGUUUCAAUAAUGGGUUGCAAGUUAUCACAGCUAGCUGCAUCAGAGUUCACAAACGACCCCCUAUCAAGACCGCCGCCGACCGCCGACCCCAGAUCGCCCCUGUCUGCCAAACAGCAGUACUGCAUGCUGGCAUCAUGGAAGGGAAUCUUUAGACAGAUAGAGAAAACCGGCAUCAUUUUAUUCGUCAAACUGUUCCAAGAGAAUGAAGAGCUCCUGCAUUUGUUCGAGGACUUCCGUCACUUGCAGACAGUAGAAGCUCAGGUGAGCUCGACGGAGCUGGCCGAGCACGCCACCAAGGUCAUGCACACGCUGGACGAGGGCAUCAAAGGCCUAGGCGAUAUGGACUCCUUCUUCGCCUACGUUCAACAUGUUGGCAGUACACAUACACAAGUCCCGGGCUUUGUGGCUGAUAAUUUUAUGAAAAUCGAAAAGCCGUUUUUAGAUGCAGCAAAGACAACACUAGGUGACAGGUACACCCCUAAUAUUGAGAAUAUUUAUAAAAUCACUAUCAGAUUCAUCUUAGAAAACCUCGUGAAAGGAUUCGAAGAAGCGAAGAAAGAGAAAGAAAAUGGAACAAGCCAUACUUGAAGUGUCUUCCUCAUCCAUAAUGAACAUAUAAUUUCAAAGAGGAAACUUAAAUGCUAUACUAAAUCAAGACAUGACGAUAAUACUUUUAACAAUUUGUAACCUGGACAACGAGUAAAUUAUACUCUGUCUACAAAAUAGACCAUAAACAACAGUGUAAUAUUAAUAUUAUUUAAAUUACGGUUUUCAACGCGUAACGAUAUUUAAAGUGCGACAACGAAUGUAGUCUUAAGGUGAGUAUACACUAGAGCGUUUACUUGUAACAGAACAACAACGUUCGACGUUCUGAUAGUGAAGAAAAACAUUGUGAUGCAACCUACACAUAUCUGGGAGGAAAUUUAAAGAUAUGUGUGAAG